CGUGUGUUUUGGGGCUUUUACAUUUAAUUAUCCUACAUAACUAAAAGCGAAGUUCUUCUAGAGUUGAUGGUUUUGAUUUCAUAAGCGCAAGAGGGAGACAGUUGCAGCUUUGGGGAACAAAAUAUGUUCAACUUCUUAUGAGGAGAGGGGGUGCUGACCCCCCCCCCCCGAAACUGCCCAGUGAGCCCUGGCUGUGCUCAAUGCGUGCUGUGUGUGUGAUGUGAGAGGAUGGGAAGGAAUAUCCUGGGAGGGGGAAAAUAAGGACAGGACUCGAAAGACUCCGUAGUGCCAUUUUUCUGUCGGCCUUCUGCAUUUCUAGCACUCUCGACCCCCGCACAUGGAGGAUGCUGUCAGCUGCGAUAGAGAACCGGAAGUCUCCCUGCAGCAGAACCGUAACCCCUUGCAGCAGCAGCAGCAGCAGCCUCGUUGCGCAAGCGCAGUGGGCGAAGAGCUCUCGCUCGCUCGCGGAAAGUUCAAAGCGGGGUCGAGGCCCGGCCAAGAGGGCGCCUGCGCACGCCUUCCUCCUUCAGCCCAAGGAGACUACGGCACUGCGCCUGCGCAUUUGGAGGCUCCCUUGCCGGCGCAGGCGCCGUGGCUUCGCCGGCUGCAGCGGGCGCUUUCUGAGGCGAGAGGCGUUGGGCUGGAGGUGGGGAGCCGCCCUGUGUCCGCAUUAUGUACCAGCGGAGCCGGGCGGUGGCCGGGCGCCUGGGGCCCCGGUGCCCGUGGAGGUGGGGAGGAAGCGGCGGCGGCGGCGACAGGCUCCGGCUGGGCCACGGCGACGCGGCGCGAUGUUGUUACCGGGCGCGGCCGAAGGUGAGAGAGCGAGCGAGGAGAGAGCGGGAGACGGGAGGGCGGGGUGGGCAAAGGGGCGUGGCCGGGCGCGGAGGGGGCGUGGCCAGGCGACCCUGCUCCUUUCUGAGGGCUGAUGAUGGGAGUCCCGGAAGGAGGGCUGCUUUGGGGGGGGGGGCGUGUUGGCACAUGGUCCGUGGGACCAACUUGCUGAGCACUGAGUUGGGUAGGAUCGCGAGUGGCGAGAUUGGCAACUGGAUCGUUGCUCGUGCCUCCCUCGUGGGCUGAGCCCGUGUGUGUGUGUAUAUGUGUGUGUGAUUGUGUGUAUGUGUUUAUGUUUAUUUAUCUAUCUAGCUGUGUGUGUGUGUGAUUGUGUGUUUGUGUUUAUGUUUAUUUAUCUAUCUGGUUGUGUGUGUGUAUGCGUAUGCAUGCGCGCGCGCACACACACACACACACACACACACAGUACAUGCUUGGGAGGGGGCUUGAGUGCAUGGUGAAGUGGACCCAGUACCCUGGAAACAUAGUCUUCAUGGUUCUUAAAGUGCCACAAUACACAUGCCCUCUUAUAUAUAUUUGCAUAUGUACGCCCAGUGCUUUUUUUCCUUUAAAAAAUGUUUAGGGGUACAGUCAUACCUCUUGUUACGCUGGGUUCCGGUUACAUCUUUUCAGGUUGCGUCCCGCAGCGACCCGGAAGUACCGGAAAGGGUUACUUCUGGGUUUCGCCGCAUGUGCAGACGCGCAAAAUGACAUCACGCGCAUGUGCAGAAGUGGCGAAUCGCGACCCAUGCAGACGCGGGUUGCGUUCCUUGCAGGUUGCGAAUGGGGCCCCGGAAUGGAUCCCAUUCGCAACCAGCGGUACCACUGUACUCUCAUUUUGAUUCAAGAAAAUCACCAUUUUAUAGUUCAGAUUGGGAAAAAUAAAUACAGUAAAUGGACAAAAGUACAAAGAUUCACAAAACGUUGAGGAGCGUCCCCCCAGAAAAAAAGCACUGCAUACGCCACAAUUAAUUGGCCUUCUAAAAUUCAGAUCUUCACAACAAGGGGUUGGGUUGGGGCUGUGCUAAGAUGAGCUAUAUAGCAGUGACUGGAGAAGGAGUGACCACUGGGCAAAGAGAAGAAAUUUCCUGGUGCACCCAGAGCAGCAAAAGCAGACGCCUUCCUGUGCCCCACCUACAACAAAACAUGCCUCUCCUGUAUCAGGCUCUACAGCCACAGCAAGUGCUGUAACUUUCCAACAGUUUGACUUCAUCCCUGAAGGCACACUCUUUCAUUGUCCCUGAGAUAGACAACAAACAGUGGGGAAGCAGGGAAUAGGAUCUGUAGGCAAGGGCAAAUUGCUGAAGUGGGGCUUACUGACUGAUCACUGGAUACCAUCUUAGUCUGUGAAGCUUCACUCAGCUCUGCCCACCCGUUUUCAGGUUUUGCCCUGCAUUUAUGCCAACUGGAAAACUGACAUUUUCAAAAUACAGUGGUACCUCUGGAUGUGAAUGGGAUCCAUUUGCAUCCUGAAGCAAACACAACCCGUGUCUGCGCGGGUCGCAAUUCGCCGCGUCUGCGCAUGCGCGUGACGUCAUUUUGAGUGUCUGUGCGAGCAGCGAAACCCAGAAGUAACAUGUUCCGUUACUUCCGGGUUGCCGCGGAGCACAACCUGAAAACACUCAACCCAAAGCUACUUUAACCCGAGGUAUGACUGUACCAGGUUCUGCCUCUGAUAUUGUUGCUAGGCAUUUUUACUUUGCACUAUCUUGUGUGUCAGUUUCUAUGCAAUGCUGAACACAAAAAUGACCACUUAACUGAUGUGAUCUGGUGUGAGGAUGUGAAAUAUCUAAAACAGUUCCAUUCUCACUGAAUACCAAGGUAGCCUGGGAGAUGUAAACUGGCUGGUGCAGGAAUUGAGGAAAGGAAUAUGGGACUGUUCUCUUUAGAUCCUUAUAUAGGCCUGGUGCCAGAACCAGUAACUUAGCAGUUGUCAAUCUUAUGUCAAAUCUUGUCAUGCUUCCCAUUUAUCGGUGUGUGUGGGUUUUUAAAAAGAACCAAGAAUGGUGGCUGAGGCUGUAGGACUUUCUUUUUUUUGGAAUAUAAUUUUUCUUAUUUUCUUUAAUAAAAAAACAUAAAACAUAAAAUAUAACAACAUUACAAUAACAAAUCAAUUUCAUUUGCUCCACUGAGCUUGUGACUUCCCUCCCUCCAUUCAACUGUUUUCCCAUUUCCUAAUAAAUUGUAUGUGCAAUUUAGCUGCCAGUUUCUGUCCUUCAACAUAUAUCCAAUCCUUUUAUUAUCAGUGGUCAGAUACUAUUUUUAUGUUAUGUUACAGGAUUCAUAUCAGUCCUGCUAGUGUCUUCACAUUUUUGUAAUGAACUUUCAUAUAUUCCAUAAAUUUACUCCAAUCUCUUUGGAAUUUCUGGUUGUCUUGGUUCCGGAUCCUCAAAGUCAGCUUAGUCAAUUCCGCAUAGUCCAUCAUUUUCUUCUGCCACUCCUCAGUCAUUGGUAAUUCUUGUGAUGUCCACCUUUGGACUAACAAAGUUCUUGCUGCAGUGGUAGCAUACAUAAAUAGUCUUUGAUAUACUUUUGCAAUUUCUUCUCCCAUCAACCCGAGCAAAAAUGCUUCUGUUUUUUUGAGGAGGAUAAUUUAGGUCAGGCUUCCUCAAACUCGGCCCUCCAGAUGUUUUGGCCUACAACUCCCAUGAUCCCUAGCUAGCAGGACCAGUGGUCAGGGAUGAUGGGACUUGUAGUCUCAAAACAUCUGGACGGUCAAGUUUGAGGAAGCCUGAUUUAGGUGCUUUUGCAAGCUUCUUUCACUUCUCAGGAGUUCCAGGGGCACAGCUGGGCUACCUAGCUUUAAUUGUCCUCAAAUACUUUCUUUUAUUCUAGGACCUGGAUGGCUCAUGGGACAAACUACCUCCAAGGCUAGUCUCUUCCGGUUCCAUAGGACCGACAUUCCACUCCCUCUUCACCAAGAACCCAUCGGAAGUUCCCACUGUCCUGCCUGCACCUCCUGGGGACAACUUUGCCGUUAUCAACAGUACAAAACUGAAGACCAGCCUUUGCCCGCCGAUGCGCUAUCUAGAGACUAGGGUCCUUCCCCACCCCGCUGUGCUUUCCCCACCAGAGGGCAUGGAGGGUGCCAUCACGCUGGUGAACGGGAGGCAAGAGGACGAUAUUGCAGUGCAAGAGAGCGAAGGGCUGGACGGUGCCUCUUUAGACUCCCUGCACAGCCUUUUCCACGGCUGGCAGUACCGAUCGCCUUACCAGGCUUCAGAGGUAGCACUGGGGCCCCUUGCACCUUUCAGGGCUACUACCGGGACUCCCUCCCCAGUUAGUUCUCCAGAAAGGAAUGACCCCAGCAUGGAAGAGCAUCUUGCAGUCAUGCAUCAGAAACUACGGAAAGAGGUAUAUAUGGGGGAUCUUGUCCUGUUAUGGGGCUUAGUGCUUUUGCUUUGCUAGGGCUGGAAGACUUCCCGAAAGCAGGCUAGCAUAUUCUGAACUCGAUAUUGGAAUAAGGAGUGGCAUGGCAGGCUGGGUUCUGUUCUGUGUGGCUUGGGCAGGAGUUAAGGGCCCCUUCUUGUUAUGCUGUCCUUUGGAUUCCUCAUCUUGACAUACUUGGAGGUUAGGUUCAGCGUUUACUGCUUUACUACUCAAGAGGUCCGGAGGGUGGCAACACGAGACGGGGCCUUCUCUGCAGUGGCUCCCCGUUUGUGGAAUGCUGUCCCCAGGGACGUUCUCCUGGGGCCUUCAUUACACACCUUUAGGCACCAGGCAAAAAUGCUCCUUUUUAACCAGGCAUUUGGUUGAUCUGAUUAACAUCCUAUGCCCCUUUAAAAAAAAAUUUUUUGGGGGGGGGAGCUAUUGGGUUGUUGUUUUUAUUUUUAUUGGGUAUUUUGUGGUUUUGUAUCUUGAUUUUAUUCUGUGAACUGCCCUGCAACCUCUGAGUAUUGGGCGGUAUAUAAAUUCAGUAAAUAAUAAUAAUUUAUGAGAUAAAUUCACCCCGAGGUGGUUUUUACAUGGUGAAUAUCAUGAAGUAAGUUAGUUUCAUGUACUAAGAUCUGAAAUCUUCUAUGCCACAACCUUUGUCUGCAGUGUUUUCUUUGUUCUAGUGCCUUCCUUUCAUGAGAAGACAAAAAAAAUUUUAUCACGCGAAAUUGACUUGGGUUGCUUACACAACAGACAUUUAAAGCACAUUCCUUCCUGCCCCCCCCCAAGAAUCUUGGGAACUAUAGUUCACCCAUCAGACCUACAAUUCCCAGCACCCUUAACAACUACAGUUUCCAGGAUUGGGCAGGGGGGAGUCAUGUGCUUUAAAUGAAUGGUAUGUGUGCAGUCUUAAUGGAAAUGCCUGCCACAUUGAGAAAUAACACAUGAAUCUUCCCAUAUCUCCUUGGAUGACUUCCAGCCAUCAUGUUUAUCUGUGUUAUUGGCAGGGGUGGAGGGGUGAGGAGUAGGGUGGAAGUAGCCUCAGUGAGGAAGCCUCACUAUCACAGGUCACAGGCAGUGGGAAAAACCUCUGCCUGCUUGAGACCCUAGAGGGCCCAGAAAUUAUAGCAGUAAAGAAAUACCACUGAGAACUGAAAACUUGAAAUUGAAGCAUAGGAUUUCAUAUUUUAAGGGCCUGAGUAUUUGACUUCUAAAAGCCUCUUUUGCAAUGAGGCGGGAGUUCAAGGCAGGGAUCCAAAAAACCCAAGAAGUAGCUUGGAGUUCUCCUUCUCUUACAACCACCUCCUGGAGCUACUCAUGAAAGCCAGGGGAUUUUGGUGCAUUAAUAUCCAGCACGUAACAAGUCCCAUCCAUGCAGAAAACGUUUUGUUAUGUGCACGAGUCUCAGAAUCCUGGCCCACUUUCUUACUAAAGUGUAUAUACCAAUUCUAUUUUAUAUUUGUGCAUGGAAGGCUGAGUCAGAAUACCAGAUUUUAAAAUGUAAAUUUCCACAUACGAAGUUGAGGUUUCGAAUUGGAAUUAACCAAGAAUAUGUUCCCACUCCCCUGGGUCAAACCUAGGCCAAAGAGCCCACAAUCUGAAUUGAGGAAGAGAGAGCUGUUAGCCACGUACUAUAGAUGUGAAAGCUGAGGACAGGGGGAAGUUUUUUGAAGGUAGCCCUGGAAGCCUGCAGCUGGGCUGGGAAUGUUUCAUACUUCAUAGUUUUUGUUUUGUCUCCCCCCCCCACCCCCUCGUCCAGUUACCAUACUUCUUUUUGAAGACCCACGACUAUGGGAUCUACUCCCAGGAAGUAGAGUUCAUCAAUGAGAUUCUGCAUCUGAGAACACGGUCAGUUCUAGGAACAGUGAAGGGAUUGGGGGGGAUGCCUGCCUGCUGAAUGACCUGCUCUCUGAUGACGGGGGAGAGGUUCUGUGAGACGUUUAAAGUAGAUGAAAGAAAACAGUCCCUUCUAUCCAUUGUGUAAGUUAAAGAUCUAAUGGUUGCAUAGCAGAAGUUAUCUGGCUCUCUGUGGGAAGCAUCGCAAAGAUAAUGGACCAUCUUGAGGACUCAAGAAAGCAGGCAGUGUCUAGACAACCUGAAUCACUGGCAGAAGUGGUUUGCUAUAUUCAGUGGGCAUUACUCAAAUCUUUCCAAAAUGGCACCAUUCCCAAUGCCCUAGCUGGCACUCUACCUCAUCUUUUGUAUUUUAUUUAUUAAACUCCACCCCACUUUUCAUCAGCCUGUCUUUAGGGCAAGGUUUCUUUCACAAUUCCUCAUCCAUCGCAUCUCCUUUGUCAAUGUCUUCUUAUAAUUACAUACCCUGUCCUGUCACGUUGGAUGUGACACUUGGCAAAUGGUGUCACACUGCAGAGACACAGCAAGAGCAAUAAAGAGCUCAGGCUGGGCUUCCCGGAGUCAUGCCUUAGUCUCUGAAUAUUUUGAAAUGGACUCUCAUGUGCUUAUGCCGUUUGGCAAAUACCUUACCAUUGAAUUUGAGUUGAGCAUAAGUAGAGAAACGAAGAUUUACAGGGCUCUCUUCUAGCAUGGGCCCCUUGUAGUACGGUGAAGUGUUGCUUCUGCCUGAGAGCAUGUUGGAAGAAACAACAGUAUGAUGAAAGAGCUUUGGACCCUCAUCCCUGUGCUCUGAUAUUGGUUGGAUGAUCUUGCUUCAGCUUACUGAAACAUCCCCAACAAUUGCUGCUACUUCAGUUAUCCUCUGAAAUCCCUUGGUUGCCUUCAGCAUCUAGCUGUUCUGUGUCAGGGGAUCAUAUGCUUAAAGGUCUAAUUCCCAAAUAUUUGUGAAUUACUUACUAACUUGCAGCAGAAUUUGUAUGUUUCCUCUUCUUUUCCCCACCCCCAACAAGCAUUUUGUUUAAUGCGAGAUUACAUGAGUUAUCUGUGGCAUUUGAUCUGUUUCACGUGUGAGUCUUUGUUGUAGUCCUCGGGGGCUGAAAGGCAUGUGCCAACUUGCCCCUGAGUGAGUGAGCUUAUCGGGGGUUGCCAGUGUUCACAGAGACUUUCCUAUAGGGCCCUCUCCCAUGCCUGAAAUUAAGCUCGAAAAAAGCCCUAUGUUGUAGUUGGCUGAAAAGGUGGUGAUUUGUGUGGAGUGCUCACGACAGUUUCUCCAGCUUGCAAAUGGGUCCCCAAAAGGCUGGCUACUCUUGAUCUAUUUAGGGAAGGAAGAAUGGUUGGGGGAACCUUCUUAAUCAGCUUCCCAGGUGUUAUGGCUAGAACUGUACUGCUUCUGUCUAAACCUGCAGGGAUGAACAGAGAGGGAAGUUCAAGAUACGCCAUUCUACUUGAGAUGGCAGUGUGAAUCAUCUGUCUCGGUAGGCAUGAGAGGACUAGGUCAUUCCCUAUCUGGGAGGAUGGGGGAAAGUGUGUCUUUAUUUCCUAUCCUAGUCUGACCUUUCCAUUCUCUUCACCUCUCUGCCUCCCAUCACCAGCGGCCGAACCAUGUACCAGUUGGCGCUGACCUUCUGCCGUUUCUUGGCUUGGAACUACUUUGCCAGUUUGCACAUGGAGGUGCUGAAGGUGACACAGCACCCUGAGAACUGGAGCAUCCAAGCCCGGUGGCGGAUUAAAGGGCUGCCUUUCCAUGUAUUCCUUUUGCGCUUCUACAAGAAGGAUAAGAGUGAGCUGUACAGGUGAGACAUCUCCUUUAGGGUAGCAAUCUCUUUAGAGCUGAGCAGCCCCAGACAAAUGUAUCGUCUUGUGUAACCCCUGGCAUCAGAACUAGGGCUUUUGACAUGCUUCUAUCAUUCUUUUUUUUGGGGGGGGGGGUGAGGAAGGGAGUGAAAAGGUAACCAUCUUGCUCUGAGUUAAUGAAAUUCUUACACCAGAGCUAGUCUUCUGAAAGCACUGUACUGUACAGUGGUACCUUGGUUCUCGAACUUAAUCCAUUCCGGGAGUCUGUUCGACUCCCGAAAACUGUUCGAAAACCGAGGCGUGGCUUCCGAUUGGCUGCAGGAGCUUCCUGCACUCAAGUGGAAGCUGCGUCGGACGUUCAGCUUCCGAUAAACAUUCACAAACCGGAACACUUACUUCCAUGUUUGCGGCGUUUGGGAGCCGAUUUGUCUGGUAGCCAAGCCAUUCGAGAACCAAGGUACCACUGUAUUUAGACUGGCUUGCUGUGGCUAGGGUUAAAUAGCAAUGGGAACGUCUUAAGAAAAAUAGUGUCUUCUGCUUAUUUGGGUGCUGUUUGAGGGCUGUUAGCAUGAUCUGAGCCUUUCAGAUGCAGUAAUAUAUUCAAAACACGUGUACUUUCAUGCUGUAUUUGUUGGAAGACGCCACCCAACUGAUCUUUUGCCUAUUUUUUUUUUUAAUUCCUCUCCAGGACCUAUGAUGCCUAUUCUACUUUCUACUUAGAUUCACAAGGAUUGAUUAAGUGUCACAGGGUAAGCAAGGUGAGUGUUGGUGCAUGAAUACCACCUGCAGGGGAGAGUAGAAACACUCUCCCCCUCCCCAUGCCUACCACCCCUUCACUUUGCUUGGUUCUAGAGACGAAGAUAAUUUAUACUCACCAGCCUAAUUCCUGGCUUAUUUUCCCCUUGCAGCUCAUGCCAUCCCAGCCUCCCCUGAACAAGUUGAAAAAGCUUGUCGUAGCCUCGUUGUUGGGGCUGGGGCUGUCAGAACAGAAGCCGUCGCUGCUCCUGCUGUUAUCAAUUCUGGCUGGCAAGCAGCAGGAAACACCACUAGGUUGUAGGGAUAGCUGAAGUCCAGCCCUCUCACUAGUCAUGUCUCUCAGCUCAUUGACAAUAUCUGUGUGUGGCUGGCAGGAUGCCUCUAGUGGCUCAUUGUGUAUCGGUGUUGCCUCUCUAUAAAUAGCGUGGGCUUUGCCUUCCAUGUGGCUGUCAAUUGCACCAGCAAGCGCUGUAUAAAGAUGGUUGUAAUUUAAUCUGUACAUAAUAAAAGGUUUAUGUUGAAAAGAAGUCUGGGCGAAUGAAGUGGCUCCAUCGUAGAAGCACAACUUGCAUCUAAACUACUGAUUCAGAGCAGAGGCCCCCGUUUCACAACACCCUUUUCAGCAGCAUGAAAAGGCGGUCCCUGUUUUGGCAGUCUUUCAGGGCACAUGCAGAUGGCCAAAAAGGGCUGGCAGCUUUCAGAUGCCAAUGGUCACCGCGGAGGAGGCGAAUCACAGCGAUGGGGGUGCAUCAUCUCUUAGCAGCGCUUUAUAAAGAUCGCCAUGAAAUGAGGAAUGCCUCUAUGGAUCAAAGUGCUUGCUGAGAAGGGACGGAAUCAAGGCAUAUAAUGUGCAAACAGUGUUUCAUAAAGGGUGGCUUGUCUUGGCAAGAGCUUCUUUGCACGGAAAAUUGAGCUGCAUGAAAAUUUUGUCCAGCGCCAAUCUAGACUUGUGGUUGAUUUUAUAUUGUAUCUUAAAAAUCAUUAUAAGGAUGAUUGUAUUAAUCAAAACAAUAUCUCUGUUGGGCUAGGAAAGUUAUUAGGUAAUUGGCAGCUUAUAUUUAUACUUAGACACAACUUCCAUCAAACCUGACCGUUGGCCAUGCUGGCUAGAGCUGAUGGGAAGAGAGUCCAACAGCACCUGGCAGGCCACAGCUCAGUCACCCUUGGCUUAAGAGAAACAGAGUAGUAAUUGACAAUAUAAAUCAGAGGUUUUCAAUCUUGUUUGAGUCCAUGGCUCCCUUGACCAACUACAUUCUUUCUGCAGCACCCCUGAGAGACUCAGGAGCCCUGUUAUGUCACCUCUUACCUGCAGAGCUGGCUGCCUCUCACCCUUUUUCGAACUCUCCCCUCUUCUUGGGAGUCCUCCAGGCAGCCGCUGCUGCCGUCCCUGGUCUCUAAGCUGUCCCCACUCCAAAAGAGAGGUGCCUCCUCACACUGCCCCACAGGGGCCUGGGAAGCAGCUCCUGGCCAGCCCCAGAGGCACCAUUCGUCUGGGGAGAUUGUAGCCAGGGCUGCUGCAACAAACAGCUUUGACAACCUUUGGGAGGUAGAGAUGCAAGCGGGCAUCAAAGGGAAAGAAAGAGGGACAGAGGCAGGCCAGUGUUGCCUGUCCAUCAUUCAAGGCACCCCAGGGUGCCACCGCACACUGGAUGAAAACCACUGCUAUAAAUAAAAGCCUGUUUCAGAUUUCUCUACAACACAUUUCUCUAUCAUAAAUAGGGUUUUUUCUACUAUGUAACUAAAAACAAGGCAGGCAUUCCAGCUUCCUGUAGCAACAUUGUAGAUUUUGUACUGAGUACAGGCACAGCAGAUUUUACAUUAGUAAAUUCCCCAUCGGCUAGUACCAUCUUUGGAAGCUUUGUUGAGGUAUGGUGUCAAAUGUCAUAAUUGUGUAAGCACAGAAAGUGGUACUGUGAAAUAGUCUUAAGAAUGUCAGCUUUCUUUUCGCUAAAGAGAAAAUGUUAAUCUUAAUGAUUGCAAAGAUGCUUAAAAAUGUCACCAAGGCAUCCUGAAUCUUAAAAUGAGAGGUGUGUCAAGCUUUCCAAGGUGUGGAAGCAGAAUGUCAGUGUCGUACAGAGCUUAACUUGUCAGGGGGAAGCAGAGUAAGUUAGAGAAUAAGAACAUAUUUACUUAUCACUGAAUUAUUUCCAGCAUUCAUUUAUUCUUGAGAGAAUUUUAACUUUAGCAGCACAAACUGCCAGCUUUAUAUACUGGAAAUCCUUAACCAAACUGUUCAACCACAAGAUAAUGUAUGAACUGCCCCAGAGUGUAGGUUAGCUGCCUGCAUUGGCUGGGAACUGCUGUGAAUCCUAUACAGUGGUGCCCCGCAAGACGAAUGCCUCGCAAGACGGAAAACCCGCUAGACGAAAGGGUUUUCCGUUUUUGAGUUGCUUCGCAGGACGAAUUUCCCUAUGGGCUUGCUUCGCAAGACAAAAAUGUCUUGCAAGUCUCGAGAUUUUUUUCGCUUUUCGCCCCUUUAUCUAAUCUGCUAAGCCUUUAAUAGCCUUUAAUAGCCUUUUAGCAGCUAAUCCGCUAAGCCUUUAAGCCUUUAAUAGCCGCUAAACCGCUAAUAGUGCUAAUCCGUUAAGCCGCUAAUAGGGUUGCUUCGCAAGACGAAAAAACCGCUAGACGAAGACUCUCGCGGAACGGAUUAAUUUCGUCUUGUGAGGCACCACUGUAUAGCAUUCUGUAUUAGACCUAGAUGAAUUAAUUGACUCCACUGCAAAAUGUGCAAAUGCUUGCAUAGCAUGAAUAUAGCCAACACAAGUGACAAACUAUAGUAGCUUAAAUAGCCAUAGCUACACUGCAGUCCAAGACAGCUGUAUGAGUUCCAAAGAGACUUUCCUCCUCUUACCAAGAAAGAGAAGGGAAGCAAUUACUCAUGAGUGUUUGUAGAAAAAAGAUUUUAUUCAGUGCCUUGAAAUGACAUCAAAACUAUACAGCUGUACAAAUAAGUGUCCCAGGGUUGGUGGGGAGAAGCUGAUAACUGAGAAGAAGCCUAUCCCAGCUCCUCCCGGGUCUUCCCCACUUUCUUGGGUAGCUUCUUGUUGGACGCAUCCUCCAAUUCUUUGGCUUUGUAGUAAUGUGGGGCCACCUCCAACAGCCACGUACUGUCAAUCUCUAUGACCUGCAAGGUACAGAGAAUAUUUCAUUGUUGGCCCCACUCACUGUCAACUGGCACACUGAUCAUUUUCUUCUUUGGGGAAAACCAAAGCGUUCCAUAGACCCUGCUAGAGUGAGCACAAUAAAAUACAAGUAUGUUUCUAAACCC